CAAAGCGAGGCAGGUGAAGGUCACUCCGGGUGGCCAUUUUAGAGCUCUGCAUGUGUACAAACAGACUCUAUCACGCAUGCAAUCAUGAAUCCUGGAGAAAAGGCUGGACUGGUGUUGCUAGCAGGGAAUUCGCACCCAGAACUCACAAAGCAGAUUUCAGAAAAACUUUGUGAAAGAGUUGGUAUUAGCAAUGUUUACCACAAGUCAAAUAGAGAGACUGUUGUUGAUAUCCAAGAGUCUGUACGAGGGAAGGAUGUAUAUAUUAUUCAAACUGGAACAAAGAAUGUGAACAAUGACAUAAUGGAGUUGCUGAUCAUGUCGUAUGCCUGUAAGACUUCCUCCUGUAGAAAGAUCAUAGGUGUAGUGCCAUACCUGCCCUACUGUAAGCAGAGCAAGAUGAGGAAGAGGGGAGCAAUAGCCUGUAAAUUGCUGGCACAGAUGUUCAAAAAUGCAGGUAUAACAAACUUGAUCACCAUUGAUCUACACCAGAAAGAAAUACAGGGAUUUUUUGAUAUGCCAGUUGAUAACCUGCGUGCAUCACCUUUCCUCAUAGAAUAUAUCAUGAAAAUGAUCCCAGAUUACAGAAAUGCCAUCAUUGUUGCCAGAAAUGCUAAUUCUGUCAAGCGAGCAACGUCCUAUGCUGAGAGGUUGCGCCUUGGUAUUGCAGUGGUUCAUGGUGAGGAAAGGAUUCCCGACUCUGACCUAGAUGACGGCAGGCACUCUCCCCCUCCACAGGAAGAGGAGGAAGAAAACAGGCUCAGUAGAGGAAUAGAAAUUAUGCCCAUGCUCACACCUAAAGCCAAGCCACCCAUGAAUGUUGUUGGUGAUGUUGCUGGAAAAAUUGCAAUCAUGGUGGAUGACAUGAUUGAUGAUGUGGAAGCCUUUGUUGCCACAGCAGAACUCUUGAAGUCAAGAGGAGCAUAUAAAAUAUAUGUCAUGGCCACACACGGGUUGCUGUCAUCAGAUGCUCCGAGACUUCUGGAAGCUUCUCCUAUUGAUGAGGUGGUUGUGAGCAACACAGUUCCCCAUGACAUCCAGAAAAUGCAGUGCCACAAGAUUAAGACAGUCGACAUCAGUGUACUCUUGGUGGAGGCCAUCAGGCGCACACACAACAACGAGUCCAUGUCUUAUCUCUUCAAGUACAUCACCUCAGAAGACUAGUCCAAUAUGUUUACAAACAACAUAUAUACCCCAAAGAUGCUCUCAAAUGACAUGGGUUAUUUCUCUGGGGUAUUAAAGUUGGUUGCCAGUAUCCUCUCAGAGGAAUGUGAUUAGUCCUCAAAGGACGAAGCCAAUAUGUUCAAACUAAAACACCAUUCAUUGUUACACCAGAAUAUUUAAUUUGACAUUAUAACUAUUUGGAAGUUUGUUCCAUAAGGUAAAAUGUCACCUCACUGUGGUGAUAUUCUAAAUGUUUUGAAUAAACUUUUUAUCUCAUGUCCAGAUCUUACACUGGAUUGCCAACUUGGCACAUUUGUGUAUAUUAUACUCAUUUUUUGUAUCAAUCCCCAUUGUUUAAGUGUUUUUCCAUUGUUAAUAGCAUGUUCAAAAAAAGAUCUAUAUAUUUUGAAGAUAAAUGAGGGCAACACCACCAAUGUGACCAAGAGCUGGUAAAAUGAUAUCAGUUAUGUCGUAAUAAAUGAUGCAGAUUCCAAAGUCCAUUCCCAGUUACUUCAAACAAGUUUGUUUCGUUCAGCCUCCCCAAGUUGUUGAAUUUUUCCAUGGUUACAGCCAUGGUGGAAAGGCAAUUCCCUCUCAUUCGAAAGACAUUUAUGUGACAGUUGAUCUCCAAUGUUACAAGCUUACUUUUGAAGCAGCAGCACUGUGCCUGAUGGUAACAAAAGUCCUUUUAAAUAACAGGGUGCUUUCCUUACUGCUGAACAAAAAAAAAUUGUUGAAAAUUUAUGGGACCUGCAGGACUGGGCUGAGGAUGUAAAAACUAAGCCAAUUUCAAUGGUAUUUGCUUUAUGGGAUUGCAUCUUAUUUAAACGUUUGUGACAUAUAAUGCCCUUGCACAAUGCACUCAAGUUAAA